UGGUAUCCAUGGGAGGAAGGUGCAGUCUACCGCCAGGUGUGUGGCUGGUGGUGACGGGGGCGGUCGUCUGCUACCUCACCAUCUUAUACGGCCGCAACUCUGCCCACAGUCACCAUAAACCACCAGCACAGGAGUGUCGCGGGAGGAUGAGAGAGGCGACGGCCUUGUUGGAGAGACUCCACGGCAGCGUUGAGAGACUCCCUGGAGACGUGCUGGAGGUGGACCUGACGAAGGCGUCGUGGAGGCCGUGGGAGGCGGACCAAGAUAAAAGAUGUAGCACCUACGAGACGAGGUUCGGCCGAGGGCUGACGCCGGCGCUGCUGGUGUCGGCGCCGUGUUCUGGCAGCAACUGGCUCCGCUACCUGUUGGAGGGAGCCACCGGCUUCUUCAUAGGCUCUUCCUACAACGAUACAAUACUCUAUGAGGCAGGGUUCCUGGGGGAGAUGGACGGGAUGGACGGAGGGCGGACUAUAAUGCAGAGGACCCACGGGCCUGCCUUCUACCCAACCUACAUCCACGACCUGCAGGACCGCCACGAGCAUAUCAACUCCAGCCUGCCCACCGUCCUCCUCCUCCGAGACCCUGCCAGGACCAUCAUCUCCUACUGGAAGCUCUUCAACCUGGAAGGCAGCAACAAGCACCUGGACGAGAUACCGGCGGCCAGGUUCCAGGGUAAAGACUUCCAUGACUUCGUGAGUGAGGUGACGUCACUGUGGGAAGAGUUGGCAGCAGACCGGCUCUUGUGGUGCUCUGGUCCGCUCUACGUCAUCCACUACGAUGACCUGUUACGUCACCCCAUCUACCACCUCCGCCUUCUGCUGCGCUUCCUCAGGAUUCCUGUGGACGAGGGAAGACUAUUCUGUCUCUCCAAGCACAUAGACGGGUCCCUCAAGAGGACCACCACCACCAGGACCAUCGACCCCUUCACUGAAGACGAGAAGAAAAUGUUUGCAAACGUCGUCAGAAGGAUCAAUCGCCUCCUGCUGGUGCUGGGCUACCCGCAGCUCCAGACCAAUGACUACACCACCCAUGCUAAGCUACCCACAGCUCCAGGCCAAUGACAUCACCCAUGCUAGGCUACCCACAGCUCCAGGCCAGUGACAUCACCCAUGCUAGGCUACCCACAGCUCCAGGCCAGUGACAUCACCCAUGCUAGGCUACCCACAGCUCCAGGCCAGUGACUGUUACAGAGCUGUGAGAUUUGUUGGGGUUUAAUCAAGUUUAGUUUACUGCUGCUAUGCUCCUGGGCUGCCUUAUUAACUUAAAACUUACUAUCUAGCAAGCCCACCAGGUAUGGUGGGUCAAGGCCCGGCCCCCAGGGAAGUUGCUCCCAAAAAUUUAUCUGUUAAAGGAUAUGAAUAAAUCCCCCCCCCCCCCCCCACAUUGGGCACAAAGAAAUGUAUGUGUAUUUAUUACUUCUUUAACGACAUAAAACUCCUUCCCUCUUCAUGACAAAGCCCCUUACACUUUACAUUUACAUUAUGAACAUAAUUCCCAUUUGACAGAAGUAGAGGUUCUCAAACAAAAUACUCUAGGUAGGCCUACAUGUUUUAAGGAGGUACAAGUGUCCCUUAAACUCUACUCUUACAAAACAUAGCAAAUGUAGAGAAGGGAUAAAGUUGUACACUAAUAACACAUUAAUUAACUGAGAAAGGUGGCCGGUACAUAAUAAGACAAGAGGACUUCUCAGGUAAUAUCCCAACACUCAACAAUCUACAUCCUUCCUAAACUAGUUCAGCUACAAAUUAAAUCUACGUUCUUAUGCUGCUCCAGAAGAGACCAAAUGAUCAUACUGCAACUGUUCUACUCUGACACUCGUGCAACCACCACCAAUCAUUACAUUGUCAUAAAAUAUAUGAUGUAACCUUCUAGCUGUCUAUUAUUUACUAAUUUACUCCCCACAUUAAUUGAAGUGGGGAGAAAUGGAGGAUUCCUCCCCACCAAGGGGAAAAAUAUGACUACUUGAAGUGCAAGUACUGUUUUUUCAGAAGGUUCAGUUAAUCAAUAAAAUGCUCCUAACACAAUAAUUGCAUACAAAGUACAUGAUAUAAAGCAGUUCUAAUAGAACUCAGAACAAUCUUCAGCAUCUCUUUCUUCAUGUCAUUGUCAUCUCUCUCCAUGAGUAGGCGACCAACCUACUCAUGAACUCCAGACACCAAUCAGAACGCCUCGAAAGACACCAACGUCGGCUAUGACUUCACAUACUCACUUGGGGACUGUCAGCCUCAAAGAUCUCAGUAUAUAGGCAGGACAGGGCAACAACGUCUCUUUCUAGGCGAUUAACAAUGCACAAGCAACAGGGCUCCAUC